AUGGUCAAAACAAGUGUCCUCAACGAUGCGCUGAAUGCCAUCAAUAAUGCUGAAAAAUCUGGCAAGCGCCAAGUGCUCAUCCGGCCCAGCUCAAAAGUCAUUGUCAAAUUUCUACAUUGUAUGCAAAAGCAUGGUUACAUUGGAGAAUUUGAGGAGGUCGAUGACCACCGAUCAGGCAAGAUCGUCAUCCAGCUCAAUGGCCGCAUCAACAAGACAGGCGUCAUCUCUCCACGAUACAACGUGCGAAUAACGGACUUUGAGAAGUGGGUCGUCAAGCUGCUGCCUUCGCGUCAAUUCGGUUACAUUGUCUUGACAACUUCUGCCGGAAUCAUGGAUCAUGAGGAGGCUCGACGGAAGCACGUCGCAGGAAAGAUCAUUGGAGCAAUCAAGGUCUCCUCCAAAUCGCGGAGCAGGCAGUGUCUGGAGAAUGGACCAGACCUUUUAAACGUCGCUCUCAAUGCUCUACCUGUAAGCCUAGAUUUACCAGAUGAUCUGAUCAAGUGGUGA